UCGUGAUAUCCAAAUUACAAACAGUAAUGUUGAUUUACCCGGAGUAUGUAUAAAAGCCGUCCUUCAGUCCCUACCCGUCAUAGUUACAGGUGAAUUAUCAACAAGCAAGAUGAAAUUUGUCGUCCUGGUACUGUGUUGUUUAGCGUUUGCUGCCGCCAAGCCAUCUCCGAAAGGACGUGGUGGAGACAAGAAGCCUCCUCUGAAAGCACGUAUGGUUAAACUAUGUUUGACUCUCGCGGAGGAAGCCCUUGACAAUGCUGAUAAACGUUCCUGGGAUGACGUAUUUGGAAUGUUGGCCCCAGUCUGUGCAGAAAUUCUUGAAGAUCUGGAAGAUAAAGAGGGCGUAAGUGGUGGAAAAUCUGGUGGAGAUAUGAAAAGAAAACGUUUCGGAAAAGGCAGUGGUGAUAAAGAUGGAAGUAGAGGUGGAAUGAGUGGAGGAGAUAAAACAAUGGAUGAUGAUGAUGAUGAUGAUGAGAAAAGUGGCAAGACUGGACCAAGACCUUCUGGACAACCACCACUCAGAAACCUCCUUAAAGAUUGGUUUAAAGACAGAAGCAUGGGCGUAGAUGAUGAUACCAAUGAUGACGAUGAUGAUGGUAACAGUCCAAGUGGAGACAGAAGCGGUAAAGGGAGCAAGGGCAGUAAUGGCAGAAAAAGCGGUAAGGGGAGUCGACCAACCCCAUCUGAUGCCCCACCACAGCAGAACGUAGUCAGGAGCUGGUUUGAAGCUAGACAAGAUAACGGCGAGCAAAAAGAGUUCGACAAAGUUAAAGCACUACUUGGAAUCUGCGAAGAGCUUGUAAAACUGGCUGAAGAAAAGGAGGCUGCAGGUGAAAAUGGACGCUCUGUUGAGGAGGGUAUUGAGGCUAUGGAGGCGAUAUGUGACGCCGCUUUUGAACAAGCCGAACUCGAUGCCCUCGAGUAGACACGCCUUGAUGCCCUCGAAUAGACACGCCAUGAUUUGAACACGGAUUUUGUAAACCACUUUUGUUCACUUGUGAAUGGAAGUGAAAAAUGGACACACCUUAACUUGUUUCCAUAUUUUUUAUGAUAUUGUGAAACAAGCAUAUAUUUUGAUAUUGCAAUUGAAAAUUUAAAAAAUAUAAUUUUUUUUUUAUAUUAGAGCUAUAAAA